AUCUUGGCGAGUAUAGCGAUUUAUAUUUGAAAACAGACGUUCUGUUGUUGGCAGACGUUUUUGAGAAUUUUCGCGACAAAUGCAUACGGAGUUACGAUUUGGAUCCCGCUCAUUAUUACACGUUACCGGGGUACACGUGGGAUGCUAUGUUGAAACAUACGGGUGUUCAAUUCGAAUUGUUGACCGAUAUCGAUAUGCUUCUCUUUGUUGAACGUGUACGCGGUGGUCUGAGUCAGUGUUCCAACAGAUACGCGCGAGCUAAUAAUAAGUAUCUUUCGUCACACGAUCCGUUGAAACCGUCGACAUAUCUCAUGUACUAUGACGUGAAUAAUCUCUACGGAUGGGCUAUGUGUGAAUCAUUGCCGUACGCGCAGUUUCAAUGGGUCAGCGACGUGGAGAGUGUAGACGUAAUGUCUGUGACCGCGGAUUCCGAUAUCGGCUACAUUAUGGAGGUGAAUCUUGCAUAUCCGCGCGAGCUCCACGACGCCCACGCGGACCUUCCGUUCUGCCCAACGCGCGCCUCACCCCCCGGCAAGGUUACCGAUAAGCUUCCAGCGACGCUUCACGAUAAGUCGCGCUAUGUCAUACAUUAUCGCAAUUUGCAGCAAUGUGUGCGUUAUGGGAUGCGUAUACUUAAAAUUCAUCGCGUUUUACACUUUGCACAAUCACCAUGGCUGCGUGGAUACAUCGAACUGAAUACAAUGUUUAGAACUCGUGCGAAUAACGAAUUCGAGAGAAAUAUGUAUAAGCUUAUGAACAACGCGGUUUACGGGAAGACAAUGGAAAACGUGCGCGAGCACGUUGACGUGCGUCUUGUGACGCGUUGGGAGGGAAGGUACGGAGCGGAAGCGCUAAUUUCAAGGCCGAAUUUCCACAGUAGAAGCAUUUUCUCCGAGGAUCUGAUGGCCGUUGAGUUACGGAAACUGGAGGUAAAGCUCGUGAAACCAAUCUACGUUGGCAUGGCCAUUCUGGAGAUAUCAAAAACGCGAUUAUACGAUUUUCAUUAUGAUUAUAUGGUGCCCUUGUAUCGCGGUGUGUGUAAGGUAAUGUACACAGAUACGGACAGUCUGAUUUAUUUCGUCGAAUGUGACGAUAUUUAUGAGGAUAUGAAACGCUCCAUUGAAAGAUUCGACACGAGCGACUAUGCCGAGAACAACGCGUACGGUAUGCCGCGCGCGAACAAGAGCGUUCCGGGUCUGAUGAAGGAUGAGAAUCGUGGCGCGAUUAUGAUAGAAUUCGUAGGUUUGAGAGCGAAGAUGUAUGCCGUGAGAGUGCUCGGAAUGAGCGACACGAAAAAGAUAAAGGGUGUAAAGAGAAACGUAGUCGAGAGAACGAUAACGUUCGACGAUUUCAUGCAAUGUUUGCGCGAUAUAACGGAGCAGUCGAGAUCGCAAUUCUGCGUGCGGUCGAGACUGCAUGAGGUGUACACCGUUUCCGAAACGAAACUCGCUCUCAGUCCUCACGACGACAAGCGAUACGUCAUGCUCGAAUCCUACGAUACUUUGCCUUGGGGACAUUACAGGGUGCCAUAAUAAUA